CCCAAAAUGAAGGAAUUCGCUACUCAACUGGCUCGAAAAUUUGCGUCGCUUCCUGGGGUGGAUGCCCACAUGCUGCUUCGCCAAAAAUGCGAUGAUUUAGCCGGAUCUCGCGCAGCUACUUCAAAGUCCGGCAAGAACAAAGCGGCAAAAAAUAGGAAGC